AAUCUCUUCCUGGAGUGGUUGCAGUGAUGAUGUAUUGGAGGGAGUGGGACGCUGUUCAGGCAAAAACCGUCACCGUUGUAAAUGGUCUACUCUCAGUGUCUGGGGGCUCUCAGACCACCUUAAUCUUGGAGGCAGAACCUGGAGAUGAUGUCACUCUUCAGUGCCCCUGCAACCUCACAUAUACAUCAUCCCCUAUACACUGGUUCAGGCAGAUAAAUACUUCUGCGCCAGAAUUCCUUAUUCUCAUAUAUUACCCAGCACAGAUUGAAACAUAUUCCGAGGAUGUUGUAUCGAAAGGUCUGGUGAGAAUGACGGCGUUUGUGAACAAAUCCAUGAUUGUUUAUCUGAUGAUAAAUGAAGUGGAUUCCGCUGAUUCAGGACUCUAUUUCUGCGGCAUUCAGAGGAUGCAUGGCCACAUCACCUUCAGCAGUGCAACACUUCUACAAGUUAAAGAGCGAAAGGAAACACUGAGAUCAAAAGAUGAUGAAGCAGAAGAAACAGAAGGCCACUCUUUCAAUAUCUUCUUCAUCUUGACUGUGAUCUUUGGUGUUGCGACUGUGGUACUCAUUGCUGUACUAAUCUUAUUAAUAGGCAGAAAAUAAUAACAUAGAAGAAGCUGAUUCUAAAGUGCAAGAAGACCAUAGAGUAAAAAUACAAAUUUAAUAGCAAAGAUAUAAGAGUUGCAUUAAACUAUGCUAAAUGCUCGCUAUAAACAACAGAUGAAGAAACCAUUUAACUUACAAUGUUUAUUGUUUUAUAUGCUUUCUUAUACACACAUUUUAUGA